GGCAACUGCGAUGGCGAAGCGCGGGAUCCAAGAGAACAAAUAAUAGGAGUCCUCGUUUGCAGGUAGUCAAAACCCCCGAGGAACUGCUACAGGAAUAUAGAAAUGUGGACAUCGACAACUUGCGCGAACAGUACGAAAACUUAAACAACGUAAGGUUCUGCGAGCCUAACAGGCAAUGGAUUUCCGCUAUGUUUGGGCUAGAAAGUGUUCCCAAAGACUUCAAUUUUUUAGAUACUCCAGAAUCCCGGGUCAUAGUUCGCAAGCUUCUAAAAGAAAGAUACGGCAAGAUGUCUUCUUCGAUUUCUUUUGACCAGCUGUAUUUUACGGACAUAAACGUUGGCGAUGUGGUUGAUUUAUCGCUUUCUCUGGACAGCAAUAAUCUUGCCGUUGUUGCUGAACUUCCGCAGGAUAUCAAAGACCCCCGUUACACUUUGAUCAACAAGUACGGAGAUCUCGAGUUUGUGAGUAAAAAACGAUUCCGUUUCAGACUACCUUCUAUUUUUCCACCGGAGUGGUUUAACGGCUCGGUGAUGAACGAGCAAACAAUUUUGACAGACCUUGGGCGCUCUGCCCAGCCCGUUGGUAAAGUGAAAUAUAAGCUCGAAGAAAACCCAGAUCGUGCUCGUAUGUUUGACGAGAUAAUCUCGCAGGAUAUCAAUGAUACAGAAGAACUGACCACCUAUAUUGUUCCCUCUCUUCUCUCUGGAAUACUGAGCGAGGAGCUAUCGAAGCUGAACAAUAGGGCCUGGAGUUUGCUGCCUGACGUGAACUUAAAGCUGGAAACUCUUCACAACGUUCUUCAGAGUUCCAAUGGGCCGGUUCAGCUUAAUUUCUGUGAGAUUUUCCGCGCUUGCAGCUUGGUGGAUUUAGAGCAGGUUGCAAAGGUGAUGCGUUCGAGAGAUCCGCAGAUGAUACAGAAAAGCAAUAAAAGAUUACACAAUUUGCUGGCACGGAUGCUUGCUAUUGGAAACCAGUACGACUGGGUGACUUUGGGUAAGAAUCCUUUUGGAAAAGCUAGCAACACAGAGAAGAUGAGUCCGGAGGCAGUUUAUGCUCUCAUGUUAGGUUUGCGCAAAAAUAACCAAACAUAUGUUCACGAUACAAAAAACAUAUUGCCAAAACAUGUGACUGUUGUUCCUCUGGAGACGAUUGUCGAGCACAAUAAAGUUGUGGAGGAUUACGAGGCAAACGAGCAACUGCACGGCCAGCUCACCGAGUACAUCAUGCAGAGACUCGAGGAAAAGUCUUCUACAACAAAACCCCAGCAUUACGAGCGGAUUAUGGACAUGUAUCGACUUUACAUUGCCGGCUCUGUGAGCAGUCCUAGUUGUGAGUCUUUCCUAGUGAAGGUUGUGCGAAGACUUCCCAGCCACAACCAUCUUGAGAUCACCAGAGACGUCAUUUACGAGCUGCUUUUGAGAUUGAAGGAAAUUGCACCUAACGAGAACCCGAUUAAAUGGUGGAUAAAUUUUCCUGCUCCAGGAAGUGGACUGUCUUUAAAAGCGGACCUGGAGCAGGAGUUUUAUGAGAAAAUCACCAAAGACACACUGAAUAGUUUCUUCUUCGUUGACGAGGAAAUGUUCAACCACCCGCGGCCGCGGUUUUCUGAUGUGGUUUACUGUAUUGACUCGAUCGACGCCAAGGAGAUUGACGACGGUGUCAGUGUUCACCAGCUAGACGAGAACAAGUUCCUGGUUGGCGUGUUUGUUGCGGAUCCGGCUUCCUAUGUGCACCCAAAAUCCACGGUUGCAGACAUUGCGUACGAACGUGCUUCCACGCUCUAUUUGCCAGACGUCGGGGCUGCCAGCAAUGGAAUAUCGAUGAUGCCGGAGGUUCUGACGAAACAUAUUCAGCUGGGUGUCCACGGAUUUCCACAGAGAGUGCUCAAGGUGAGCUACGUGGUGGAUAUUUCCAAUGGAACAGCAGAGCUGGCGUCAGAAGGUGUGAAGUUUGGCGUUGCUGACCAGUUCCUGAGCACGGAUUACGACUCGGUCCAUAAAAUUCUGGAGAACGCCAGCGACGCAGAUAAGAUCUUGAACGAAAUGUCCGCGCGCACAAAGAUACCAGAAUCGAAAAUAUCAGCCGAUCUUAAAGCGCUGUACACGGCGGCAGACGCGCUCCGCCAGAGAGCUGAGGAAACUGGAAGAGUCACCGUGUUUAAUAAUUUCUCCAUGGGCCGCAGGGUGGACACCAUCAAGGAGGACGCAGAGGACAUUCUCAUCAGUUUCAAGGAAAACCGCAGAAACCAGCAGCUGAGAUCCGAAGUGCUUGUUUCGGAGCUGAUGGUCAACGCAAACAGACUGAUGGGAGAAUUUUUCAAAAAGAACAAAAUACCAGGCUUGUUCAAGAUCCAGAACAAACAGCCAACGACUCCAGAGGUGGCGUUGCAAUUACGAGAAUUGCAACAGAAAAAGGGCACUGUGAGUACCAAUGAAUUCUUUUUGCUCAGCGAGUUCCUGAAUAAAUCCCACGUUGCUCCGUUCCCUACAAGACACGAUUCUCUUGCAGUCGAUGCUUAUGCAACUGUCACCUCGCCACUGCGGAGGUUUGCCGAUCUGAUGAACCAUUGGCAACUGCACCGUUAUCUUGCCGAAGGCUCGCCCGCCUUCAGACAGGAACACGUCAACGCAAUGGCAUACCAUCUCGAGAUGCGUGCCGACAUCGAUAAACGUGUUUCCUCGAAAAUCAUGACAUUCUACAUGUUCAAGCACCUCAAGUAUCUACAAAAAUCCUCUAAAGAGCCGAUCCGCGUCGAGUGUGUUGUUUGCAGACCGGCUUCUGACGAUGGUAUUUUGGAUGUUGUUCUGCCUGACUACGGCGUGUAUGGUGUCCUGGAAACUAGCCAAUCGGACAGAAGCAGGGAACUAUUGAGCGACGUUGAAGUGGGCGACGUGAUAAAGGAUGCUGUGAUUGUGGACAUGGACCUUUUAGAAGGUCUGCUUGUACUCAAAAGUGACAGCUACUAAACUGUACAUAGAAAAUAAAAUAAAU